AUGCUUGGUCGUCUUGGAGAGCUUGUUGGCGAUCGCAAGGAAGAUGACGAAAAAGAAAGAUCUAGUGGCGACAUUGAAAAGGGGAUUGAUAAGAAGACUGAAAGUCGGGAUCUCGAUGGAGACCCAGAUGCGAAAAUCGCAGGAAUGUCCGCAUUUUACACAAAGUCUGAACAGUUGCGUUCUGGUAUUGCAAACCUUCAAGCAUCGACAAAAGAGUUAGAGGAUCUCCAUCGAAUGGUUCUUGACGAAAAGGGGGCAACAAGCGGAUCCUCAUCCUCUUCAAAGGCAACUACGUUGGCAUCAGGGCUCGGAGCAACCGUGGCAGGCCUGCGAAAAGAACUCGAUCGCCUAAGACGAGAAAAUGAAGACAUUGCCAAAAAACUUUCACCUGGCAAUCCAUUUGUUCGAAUCAGAGGUGCACAGGUGACUCAGCUUUCCGUGUCUCUGCUUUCAACAAUUCAAGACUUUGAGGAUGUGCAGACAAAGUACCGUCAAAAAUACCAAGACAAACUGCAGCGACAGUAUAAAUUUAUCAAGCCCACUGCAACGAAUACAGAGCUGGAAAGGCUGAUUGACGUCGCCGACGGCAAUGGGGGUGGUGCGUCUGGAGUCGGUCUCAUCAGGGCACAGAUCUCUGCACUUGGAGAUUCACGAACCGAGGCGCGCAUAGCACUGGAGCAAAUGCGCAGUCGGCACAAAGAUAUUGUUGCGAUUGAACAAAGCAUCAUCGAGUUGCAUGCUCUCUUUUUGGAGAUGAAAAACCUUGUCUACGAACAGGGAGAUAUGAUCAAUUCGAUCGAAGCUUCUGUGGAGGCUGCAGAAAAUUACACGCGCAAAGCAGAUGAUCAGUUAAAAUCUGCCGUCAGACACCAGCGUGCACGAUGGAAGGUAUGA